UUUGUCAGUUUUGCGUCUGUCAAUAUGAUUACCUGAAUACCUAAAUACAGGUAGGCUUGUGUCAUUGUUUAUAUGUUGCGAGUUAUUUCGUUUAUUUCCAUAUCUAGCCUGCAGGCCUGAUUCAAGAAAAGGGUGGUCGCAAUACUCAUUUGGGUAGUCUAUCUCGUGUUUUGUUCUGCAUUUUUUGUUGUACUUUCUUCAGUUCUUAGUUUCUUUUAUUUGAUUGUGUUUAAUUAAGUACCGGUAUUUGUUUAAUAUUGUAAUAUUCAUUCCUAAGUCAUUCCCGUAUUUUGUGUUAUAUUUUCUUUGUGCGAUUGUGUUCAUUUACAGAAUUCUGGAAUUAGGUUAAAUGUGUAAUAUUCUGAUAUUGGCUCAUUCCAUUGCUAUAUUCAGAUAUUUGCUGCUACAAUUCAGCUACAAGUUAUUGCUGACUAGGUGACAGGACCCGUCAACUAAAACAAGCCGAUAUCUGUUUUUGUAAUUCUGUAAUUUGUGAUAUGUAAUUAAAUUAUUUUUUCAUAAUGCUGUAAUGUGUAAUGCGCAUAGGGCAGUAGGGCCAUACCCAUACAGCCAUAGGCCUACUCCAAAGACUGAAAGACAGCAAGAAACCGAUUUUAUUACUGGGAAACCGAAGUUACAAUCUCUUUUCCAAACAUAAAUAACCAACCAUAUACGACCUGUAUACUGAUAUAAAAAUCACAUCAAUGUUUGGUAGCACUUGUACAUGCAGACGUGUAUACAAAUAAAGAACUAUGUUUUGUAAUUACUUAUAAACUCUGACAUUCUGGAUUACUGGUACUGAUGUUCAGUAGAAGUGUGUCUGUGUGUUUACUCCAAAUAGCCGAAAUAAGCAAGAAUAUGUGUGACACCACUAGUAAUUAAUGGGUCUGGUAUAAUUUAGUACCUCACGUACUUCUGUAGCCUACUUCUAGUUGACCUGUCCCAACAAUUUUUGCGUAUGUCAUUCCUAACCCCCACCUGACUAUGUCAUCCACAUCCAAAAAUUACGUCACUACGUCGUCACAAUGACGUAAUAAGGCCCGCUCACUGGAAGUACUUGUGGUAAUAAACUAUACUAGACCCCAAUAUUAUCUUGUGUAGCUGUGCAGUUUUGUCUUUCAAUUGUGAAUGGAAAAUAGGGUACGGCUGUACUGGUAUCAUGGAUUGCAAAAAAAAGUUGUUGACAAUUGCUUCAUGUGUAUAAAGCAGGAAAGAAUAAUAAUUCCAGAUGGAAGAUGGAUUUCAUCAUAAUCGAGUCAGUACCACAUAUAUAAUGUGUGUGUCUUAUAUGUAUUUAAACUGUAAAUACAAAUAAUGUACAGAUAAUAAUGUUCCACAAUGACUUUAAAAAAGCAUUUGGUAUGUUACCCCAUAGCUGCAGUCCCUCAAGAAAGCUUUGUUGAAGCUGCUGACGCUUCCUCUGCAAAUGUUUAAUUCAAACAGAUCAGUUUUGAUUAAAGUCUAUUGCCCUGGAAAGAAAGUUUGGGGUCUACCUUAGUGCCUACUCACUGCCAAGUGAUACAUAAUCAUUCGAAACUUAUCAAAAACGAAUUAUUUUAUAACAUUGCCAUUUUUUUAAAAAUAAAUUGUUUUGGUCUUCUGUCAUUAUGGAUCAGGCCAUCCUUCGGUCUGAUUUUCAAAAGUGUACCCGUCUAGUUUUGAUUUUAGGUAGUGCCUUAGGUUUUGGCUGUUAAAACCAAACUAUUACAAAAAUGUGACUUGAGCAAGCUAAUUUGAUUCCACUAAUGUGGCGAAUUAUCUCUUGAUUUCAUACUUUACAAACCAUUGUUUUGCUCCAUCAUGGAGUAAUGGUUUAAAAUUGGUCGCAUGCAGAGGUUUCAAUAAUCUUUUAACUUUCCUCAGAGAAGAGUUGUGUAGGUAUGGGUAUCUCUGCAUUUGUUCAGUCACAUAUUCAAUUAUUUCCAGGGAAUUUCGUAAGCUAAUUAAUUACUUAGCUGCUAUCUUGAAUAUAUAAACUGAACUUCAUUUCUCAAACAAAUUACACUCAGUCAAUUACUUAUGGGAAUUUCACUAUUAAUUCUUGCAAAAUAGCUAACAUUGUGAUACAUCCAUGUGUGCAUGUUGAAAAACAUGUUUGCUAUUUUUGUAAUGCAAUAAUCAGUGACUUUUCGAAGUCGACUAAAAUGCUUCUUUUUAAUAACUGCUGAUAUAUCAAUAUAUAUUUUGAUCAUCAUCUUACUUACAUACAUUGCCUUGAUUAAAUCUAUUCCUUGACAUUAUUUGAAUCUUGAAUUGAGCAGUUCAAACAAAAUAAUAACAAAUUAAUUAAUGGAUCUUUCAAAUGGAAAAGAGGAGGAAUCUGCAGAUGUUCUCACUAACCAACUGAAAGGAAUGUUGAAAAUUAAUGGAAAUUCGGGAGAUUCUGAAAUUCAAGAAUCAGAACCCUCACCUAAAACAGAAAAUUCUGAAGUCGAUUCAAAGAAGGAUGCUGUGGAAGAAGAACCUUCCGGAUCAUUGGAUGUGGGUGGUUCUCAAAGAAUUGAUCUGUCCCAAGUAAAAGAUGGUGAAUGCGUUUCCAUAUAUGGUGAUCAAGUCUCGAUAAUAACAAGCGGAAAUGCCGAUAUGGAAGCAGAUACCUCUGGAAGUGACAAGGUCAGAAUUAGUCCAAUCACAAAGUUUGAAUGGGAACACAAAUAUUAUCCUGGAACAUUGGUAUCCGUAACAAACGACUAUACAGCAUAUGCUAUUAAAAGUCGAUCAUAUGCAGUUCGUGUCAUUAGUCGGAAAAACACAUCGGAUCGUUUGUUACUACGUGGAUUUACUGCUCCAGUGUGCGAUGUUGCUUUUGCUCAUCCGACAUCUUCUCUCAUAUCAGCAGUUGAUGAAGAAGGAAAUUUUAUAAUUUGGCAACUAUCACAAAAUGGGGACAGCACUAUGUCUACGAAAAAACUUCAUGUGAAGUCUUCAGAUCCGAGUGCUAGCCUGUAUCACAGAUUAGUAUGGUUAACAUACAUGCAUUGUGAAAUAGAUGGCACUAAUCCGGAAGAAGAAUUAUUGAAAUUAGAUGAUGACACGGAGGCUGAUCCACUAAAUCAGAGGAGACUUCUUGUUGUCACUCAUGGAAAUAUUGUUGAAAUAUGGGACAUUAAUUGUGCAUUUGAAAUAGCUCACGAUGAUGAAAAUGAAACUGACAGAUCAAAAUUGUCAUCAACAUUUAUGACAAUAAAGGGACAUGAUGAUGUAAUAACUGACUGUGAAUUGUCACCAGAGGGCAGUGUUGUUGCAGUCGCUAGUCAUGACGGAUAUGUGAAGUUCUGGCAAGUUAGUAUAGAGAGUACAGAAGAACCAACAUGUCUGCAUCGUUGGAAACCUCACGGUGAUCGGCCAGUAUCUCUCGUCACAUUUUGUGAUGAUAGGAAACAACCACAACUGGUGUUGUACUGGAGGUUUAUGUUGACUGGUUGCAGCCAAAACAAUGAAUUGAAAAUCUGGUGCACUGUGUCAUGGACUUGUCUUCAAACUAUAACUUUCGAGUCUCCUCCUGUGACUUCAUCGUCAUUACCUGCAUUGAAAUGCGGUCUCCAUGCAGCUUCUGAUUAUCUCAUUGUUUCAGACAUUAACAGAAAGGUUAUGUACGUCAUGGGUUGUGUCACUGACCUUGAACAAGGUCGUGCUUCAUUAAAUUCUAUUGCGCAAUAUUUUUUGACAACACCACUUCUGAGUUUUGCAAUUGUGGAUGCUCAGAAAUAUAAAUUUAAGAAUCUUGUUGCGAUGGAUGAAGAGGAAACUGAAGAUAGAAACGGAGAACAAGCGGAAGCAGCUCAUGAUUCUGAUGAUGAAAAUUCAGAUGACGAUGAUGGUGAAAACAACACUGAUAAACAGAACAAUGAUGUUGAAAAAAGAAUCAACGGAGUUCUCAUUAAACUUGUGUCAAUUCAUACAAAGAGUUUACAAAGCCUUGAUAUUCGAUUCAUACCAAAUACUUUGGCAAAUGAUGAUUCAAUGGGAUUGAGUACGUACAACACUGUCUCAGAUGAACUAAACAUUGUGAGUGUUGAUGAAUCAUUAUCUGUAAUUUCACCUUCACUCGACAAUGGACAAUCUAUGGAUGACUUGAUGGAAGUUCCUCAACAAGAGGAAGAAGAUGAGGAGGAAGGAGAUUCAAGCAAAAAUAAAACUGCUCUCACAGCGAAUGAAGGUGAUCAAUCAACAUUAUUAGCUGUUGAUGAAACAGAUAUGACAGAGAAAGAUGAAAUGCAAGAAAGCGCCAAGUCUGUCGCGGAACCCAUUUCUCUUUCAACCAAUGAACCAAUCCGCACAACUGUCAUGGAUCUUGUUGGUGAUGUCACAGAUGAGCUUCCAGUUGCCCACUCUUCACCCAGUGGGGGAAGGCAAUAUAGCAUGCAAGAGGAUUCGUUGAACAGGGGGCAGGGUGAGGGUGAAGCUUCUGCUUCCCCAGACAAACCUGACAGUCAUCCUGUGUUACUGACUCCAGAAGCUUUCACGUCAUCACUGAAAAAGCCUGAUGAUUUGGUGUCUGUUGACAGUACAUUCACUCAUGUUACACCAUUCAGUGUUGAUCAUCCUUCCUUGUUCGGAUCAGAAAUAAAUAAAUCUAUGCAAGAAUCAACCCACCAAAAGUCUCCACUCUUGCCAACUUCAUCAUCAAUUACGCCUCCACCCCCAACAUUUCCAUCUAGUGUCAGUGCUUCUGGUAAUGUCAAGGGUAUGUUGUUCAAAUCGCCAGAAUUGGAAUCACCAAAAAUACAAUCAACAACACCGCUUGUAUCGUUAAGCACAUCACAGGCUUCUAUUGAAAUGGGGCCAACAUCAUCAUACCACUCUAUUUUACAUUCGUUACCAAUGAAUGAACCGGGACCGUUUGGGGAUGUGCAAAACACAAGAUUCAUGAUGUCCAAAUCUAAGGACAAAUCUCCUGAUCUUAUAUCUUCUGCAUCUACAAUUGAAAAUGUGAUCGUGUCUUCCUCAGAAGCUAGAGUUCUGAUUGGUGGUCCACUUGCUGGUGCAGUAGGUGGGAGUGGUGAUUCAUUAUUUAUGACAGGACAUCCUAAAGUUUCUCAGGAUUUUGAUGCAGAAUCGAUAGGUUCAAAUACAUCUAAGAAAUCAUCAUCUUCAAUGCCACCAAUGUCUUCUGCACCAUGGCCAAAAGCACCUGACGUCACAAUGUCAAGACCUUCCAUCAGAAAGCCAACAAACUCGAGCACCACUCGAGAUGAUUUUCUCAGAGCGAGUGAUUUAUCUCAAUCACAAGUUACUGUGAGACCGGACUCAGUGCUGCAUGCGGACCAACGGGCAGACGACCAAAUUAAACCACAGUCUUCUUAUAAUGCUAAAAUGGGCGCAGAUUUGCUGGCAGCUAUUGUGAAUUUGCAAAAGCAACAAGAAGAUUUGAUGAAAUCUCAUCAAAAAGAAAUUAACAAGAAAACAAAUCAAAUCAUGAAAAAUGUUGAUGUUGCUCUCAAGAAGUUUGACCAACAACAAAAUGAAAAGCUUGAACGAGCUCUAAAGAGCAUGUCAGAUUCCCAGCGUAAAUUUCAGGCAGAAACUCGAGCAAAUAUGGCGUCUGCGAACGAACAAGCUGUCGGUAAAAUGGAAAGGAGUAUUAAACAUGAAGUAAAAAAUACUGUGUUGCCUGGUUUGAGCAGAAGUCUUGAUCCGCUCAAAGAUCAACUUCACAGUUCUUUUGCGCAAAAGUUGACUGCAACUGAUUCAGUUCUUAAAGACAGUUUGGGAAAGCUAGUGAGGUCAAAGGAAACUGUUGAAGCAAUUGGGAAUUCAACAGGUCGAGCAAUUCAAUCUCAAGUUCAUUCCGCAUUCCGUGAUUCCUUCACACAAAUAGUUGUUCCAAUGAUGGAGAAAUCAUGCAAUAAUAUGUUCGUACAAUUGUCCACAGUGUUUCAAAAAGGAAUGGAUGAAGUUGUACUGAAGCUCGAGAAACAAAUUCAGUCUCGAGUAAAAGUUGAUUUGGAUCGAUUACAGUCAACUGAAAAACAAGCGAGAGAAGCAACGGCUGAAUUGAGAGAUGUAGCUGGACAUGCUCGAACAAAAAUUACGACAGCUGUAGAACAAGACAUGCGAACACUUAUAAAUUCGGAAAUGAAAAGUGCACAAGAAACCUUAAUAGCAGAGAUGUCUAAAUCAUUUCAACGACAAAAUGAAUUGGCUCUCAAAGAACAAAAAGCUUUGUUGACCCAAUGCAUUCGAACGACAAUGGCGGAAAUGCCUAUUCAACAACAUCAAAUUCGCACAAAGUUACCAGGAGACAAGACCAACCACCCGUCCACUCCUGGAAGAUCACCUGGACCUCUUCGACCAACCUUUGAAAUGCAACAGCAGGCGAUUCUGAAUCUUUUACAUCAAGGAAAUUUGAAUUCUGCUUUCCAAAGAGCAUUGACAGCCUCUGAUCUUGCUUUGGUAAUGUACGUAUGUGAAACUGUUGAUCCUGCAAUAGUGUUUGGAACUGUUCCAUGUCCACUUCAUCAACCAAUAUUAUUGUCUCUAAUUCAACAAUUAUCAUGUGAUCUUGGACGCAACACGACAACUAAGAUGAAAUAUCUUCAAGAAGCUGUCAUGAAUUUGGAUUCAUCGCAUCAAGUUACGCAAGAACAUAUGCAAGGUGUCCUGGAGGCACUUGUCAAGAAUUUAGAAGCUCAUGUUGCUACGCUUGUGUCAUCACCGACGGAUGCAUCUAAUACUCCAGUCAUAAAACAAAUGAGGAUGCUUGCCAUGGCAGCGAAAUCACUCAUUUAAUUAAUUAUUAAGUGCUAUUCACACUCCUAUCUCAUUAUAUGUUUGGGAUGAGAACUUGCCUUGUUCCUAUUAGGAGAAAAAUAUAGUUUAACUGGAGUGACUAAUUGAAUGAUCAUCCAUCCCAAAGGUCAUUUUACAGACUUUCAUAAUGUUAAAAUAAUUGGUGAUUAUUGUUUCUCUUUAGUUAGAGAUAUUGCUUUUGUUUGUCAGUUUGUCCGAAAUUUGAUAAUUAGUAAUAAGUAGCUUAUCCUAAACAAGCUAAUUUUGGUACAUUACUGCUUCCUAAUAAACAGCUAUUUAUACAAAAUACAAUGAUUGGAUUGGUUGUCAAUAACAUCCAUUGCUCAACUUCAAUGAUGACGUAUCACAUACAAUGGUUUAAAAAUCCUGUGCGAAGCUAACACUUUACAAGCGCAGUGCAGUUACUAGUUAUUUCUGUUUUGUUUCAGCGAUUUAUUUGAUAUUUUCUUCAUUUUUUAUGUAAAUCUUCACAGAAAAUUUCAUUCGUUUCACGUGCACAGGUUCACUAAUUUUAAUACUGCUUUCCAUAAUCGAUUUAUUGCGCAAUGUAUGAUAUCUUGUGAUCCAAGGAUUAUGGUUGGUUGGUAGCAUAGUUAUUUCACACUUUGUAACAAUUUUCUUUCGUGGUAGUUCUGAUGUAAAACUAGGUCGAUAAUAUUAUGUAUGAUAUUGCGUGAAGACCUAAUUUUCAAUAAAAUUUCUACAUUUUC